AUGGCCGCAGCGACGUUGCUAGCUUUGCUGGCCCACAUGCUGUUGGUGGCUCGAGAAGCUACUCAUGGCACAGUGAGCCUAGAGCCAAGAGGAUCGCACCUCUGUCUUGCUUCCAGUCUCACUGCUACCGUAAACAUGAUGCCGCCGCUUGCGAAGCUCCGUGGUGGUCGCCCUUCGGACGAUGGUCGCCCUUCGGACCAAAGGAAGAAGAUCAGAACCAGCAAGGAUGAGCAGGAGAAAGCCGAGCUCCGGGCUCAGGAGAAGCCAUUGAAAGCCGAGCUCGAGAUCGAGAGACAGAGGCUGGAACUAAAACAGAUACGGGCGAGGAUCAUGGCGAGCAAGGAUGAGGAGGAGAAAGCCGAGCUCCGGGCUCAAGUGACGCGAAGAGAGGAUUAUUUGCGAAGGCUUAUACUACUCAGCUUGGGUCAUGUGGAUGACCCACUGUACCUUUUCUACGAUGAAAGUAAGCAGUCAAGAGAUUUGCUUGAUUUUGUAUGA